AUCCCCAAAUUUUUUUAGUUGAAGCCAUUUCCUCUAUAUCAAGUUCCUCUUUUCAAACUGACACAACCUUAAGACCUCAGAACUCAGACCUCUCCUUCUAUUUGCAUGUCCAUGGGAGAAUGACAAUGGAUUGGAUAAUACCUCUUUCAUUCUACUUAUCAGUGCCUCAAGGUGCUUUGGCUUUUAACAUUGACCCUGUGGCUUGGAAGUAUGUCAGCGAACCUGCUGCUGCUGGGUUUGGAUACAAGGUGGAACAGAGGAACCCAACAAGCCUGCUUAUAAGUGCCCCCAUGGUGCAGUAUGAGCAAAAUAGGAGGGGACAAGUUUACCGAUGCCUGGUCAGAGAUUCAUCUUGCACACCAUUGUCAAUACAAGUGCCCAGUCAUGGGAUCAAUAUGUCUCUUGGUUUGUCAAUGACAAAGGAUCCAGAUUCACUAAAGAUCAUGGUGUGCGGACCAACCAUCCCAAGAGAGUGCAAAACCAUCACCACCUACAACGGGAUGUGCUUUGAAAUUGACCAAAAUCUUAAUGUGAGACAACCUGUCCCUUCAUCUCUGGAAGAAUGUCCUGGACAAACAGACAUAGCCUUUCUAUUGGAUGGGUCAGGAAGUGUUGGCAGAAGUGAUUUUGAAAAAAUGAAAACCUUCGUGAAAGAUCUGAUCAAGGAAUUUCUGGAAAGGGAUACUAAGUUUGCAGUUGCCCAGUAUUCAGGCUAUUGCACUAUACAUUUUGACUUAAACACUUUUAAUGUCAUGUAUUGGGAUAAUCAAGUGAGUAGUAUUAAACAACAAGGUGGAGGGACUUACACGGCAGCAGCCAUCCAAAAAGUUGUCCAAGAUGUCUUUUCAACGAGUAGAGGAUCGAGACCAAAGGCAAAGAAGAUCUUGAUCGUCAUUACAGAUGGACAAUCAAAUGACAGCGGGAUGCUGGGGGAUGCAGCCUCUAAGGCUGACGCCAAAAACAUUAUUCGAUUUGCCAUUGGGGUGGGCCAAGCCUUUUCUUUGCCCUAUGCAAAAAGGGAGUUAGAAACAAUUGCCUCCUCUCCAUCGAAGAACUACGUGUUUCAAGUGGACAACUUCCAAGCACUUGGCCAAAUCAAGGAUACAUUACAGAACAGCAUUUUUCCUAUUGAAGGAUCUCAGACUACUGGGGAAUCUAUUAAGAUGGAAAUGGCCCAGGAGGGAUUCAGUGCAGCAUACAUGCCUGAGGGAGGAUUCCAGAUGGGAGCUGUUGGAGCCUUCCAAUGGAGGGGGGCUUACCAGGAAUACACAGGGAGCACUUUAAACCCUACACCACAACAGAGUCAGAACAUGGAACCAGAUAGCUAUAUGGGGUACUCCAUGGCAGUUGCUAGGACACACACUCGCCAGUUUACCAUUUUAGGUGCUCCAAGAUUUAAACACACUGGACGAGUGGUGUUUCUUUCAUCCAGAGACACAGACAAGCCGAUAGAAUUUUCUGGACAGAUUGGCGCUUAUUUUGGGGCAGAGGUCUGUGCGAUGGAUGUGAAUAAAGACUCAUAUAGCGACCUAGUCCUCAUAUCAGCUCCGAUGUUCACAGAUGGAGACAGAGAGGGCAGGGUAUAUGUCUGUACCAUCAAUGACAGGUUUGGAGUGGCCUGUCAAUUAGUUGCCGAGAUGACACUGGUGGGGGAUGCAGGACAGAUGGGCAGGUUUGGAACUUCUCUUGCCCCACUGCCUGACCUGAAUAUGGAUGGAUUUAAUGAUUUAGCUGUCGGAGCACCUCUAGAGAACGAUGGUCAAGGAAGUGUCUACAUAUUCCAUGGGACGAGUAGUGGAAUCAGCAAAAUCAAAUCUCAGAGAAUUUCAGCCUCAGAUGUACAGUCUGGAUUAAAGUAUUUUGGACAGUCCAUCAGUCAGACUUCCCUGGACAUGAGUUUGGACUCACUCCCAGACUUGGCCGUGGGAUCAAAGGGGGCUGUUCUCUUACUCAGGUCCAGGCCUAUAGUAACAUUGAUGGCACGAGUUUCCUUCAACCCAGACAAAAUCCCCACGAACCAGUCGGACUGCAGUACACCCCUGAGAAACAUUGCUGAAGUCUGUUUCACCAUGACCAGACAAACAACAGACACAAAAGAUCUUCAAGCAAAGAUUAACUAUACUUUAACUCUGGAUGUGACCCGCCAAGCUCCAAACUAUCGUGCUUAUAUCAGUCCAAAGAUACGGAAGGAAACGAAAACUAUUACAUUAAGACUUCAAAAGCGAUGCUUCUCUCAUAACUUCUUUACUGAGGCUUGCCCAGAGGACUCCCUCAAUGAACUGUCCAAUGAGCUUGACUUCACAUUUGAAGGGUUGCCAACAUCUCCUGGUGGCCUCAGCUCUAGCCUUUCCCCGCAGUCUCCGACUACCACAUAUCAUCCUUUAGGUUUUGAGAUCAACUGUGGCGCUGAUAACAACUGCAUUGACAACCUGAAAGUGGAUUUUAAUUUCACUAGGUCUUCAGAGGUGAGGGUUGGCAUAGAUGAGGUGAUAAAUGUGACAGUGUCAGUCGAGAGCAGGGAAGAGAACUCUUACAACAGCCACAUUAUUCUCACAUACCCUGCAGGACUUUCAUUCAGGAAGUUCACCAUACUCCAGGGAAGAGUGGAGUGUAACUCAUCAGACAGUGUGGGAAAUGUAAUGGGGGGACAAAGUGACUGCACCAUUGACAAGCCAAUCUUCAAGAGCAAUUCUAAGGCUCUCUUAGUAAUUUCCUAUGGGAUUGAUUCAAAGACUCAAUUUGGCCAAAUGAUGGUAUUCACUGCAAAUGCCUCAAGUGGAAAUACACACUCAAGAGAGAGUGAACUUUUCAAAGUAAAAGAGAUUGGUGUGAAAUACAGCAUUUUUGUUGUGAUUAAAAGAAAUGAGGAUUCAACCAGUUAUGUUAAUUUCACUGCUGGGAAAAAUGAUUUGCAGAAACAUGUGAAACAAUCCUUUGAGGUUGAAAAUUAUGGAAGAGGCUUCAAUGUUACUGUGAUAAUCAAGGUGCCAAUGAAGCUUGGUGACAAAGACAUCUGGGCUGAUCCAAAUGGUAUACAGAUUCAAGGUUGUCAAAGACACAAGGAUGAGGAACCUACUGCCACAGAGUUUGUGGACAAGCUGCAGAAAAAUCAUGCUGUGGACUGCUCUGUCGCAAAUUGCGGGGUGUUCAUAUGCAAAAGCGUCAUUAGAAAUCAGGAUCGUAACUCUUACAACAUCACUGGUAACCUCAGCUCUGGAUGGAUAGAACAGAUUGGUCUUGAGUCUGCCCAGUUCAACUUGGUCAGCAGUGCCACUGUGGAUUAUGACAGAAACCAAUACAUCUAUUAUUCUUCGGACUCCAAAAACAACCCACCUAUACAAAAGAUUGAAACUCAGGUGGAGGUGUAUCCUGAGGUUGACUUCACAAAGGGGGUCAUUGGGGGUGUUGUGGGAGGUCUGCUGCUGUUAGCUUUGAUCACAGCUGGGCUUUAUAAGGCUGGGUUUUUCAAAAGCCAGUUGAAGCAGAUGAUGCAGAAUACAUCAGAAGAUGGACCAGGGAAUGAUGGAGAAGCUGCCUCGCCUGAAUAACAGCAAACAAUUGGACUUGCUCACUGAAUGUGUACAAAUAUUAAAGGGGAAGUUCAGGAUUUUACAACUUGUAAAAUGUCCAAUGUCAUACCCAGAGACCUGGUCGCGUAGCAGGUAAUUCAGGUCGCUGGCAACCUAGAGGUUGCAGUAAAAAUACAGUAAAUAUCAUCAUUUACAAGUGUUUACUGGAAUUAGAAUACAGCAGCAUACCAUAGUAAUUUUAGGGCAGUAACACCCUACUUUAACUGUAAACUUACAGAAAAUUGUAUAUUUACUGUAUUUUUACUGCUACUCAGUAGCCAGUGUUUACUGUAAUAUAUAAUAAUUAUAGAUAAUAUAUAACAGUCUGAGAAACCUUUAGCAAAGUGCAGAAAUGUGUUCUUCCCAAUAAAUCUGUGGCCAAUCGCUGCCAUGCCCAAAAAGCAGAACAUUUCAGGUCACUGGCAACCAGAAGGUUGUAAGUUCAAAUCCCAGGAGAGGUUGAAUCCCAAAUGUCCUUUUACAGCAAUAACAUCUUAAUUCAGCUGUAAAAAACAUAUUCAAAAAUAUUGUAAUUUCAGAUGUUUGAAGCUUGUGUACAAAACUGGAAGUAAAAGAUGCAUAAACGACGCUUAAGAACGGGACGAAUAGAAAUAGCACACAUAGAACAGAGCUACCUCUGUUUAGACUUGCUUUCAAUGAUAAUGACAGAUCUAUAACUCACAUUUCUAUGUGAAUUUGGUCAGGUCGCCCAAAAAGUUACAUAUUGCAGCUUUAAAUUAGGAAUCUUGCAGCUUUAAUUGAAUUUUAACAUUUCUUAUGAAACCUUCUCGUAUUUGUAUGGCACAGACAUUGUGCUACAUAGUAAAUGUUUGUUCUAUUGUUCUUCACAUUUAAUAGACAUAGUAACUAGAUAGCUUGCUUAAAUUCAACCCCUAUCCUUGUGCUACUGGGAAACCAAUGAUCAUGUUCAUAAUUCCUUCCAAAGAUGAUUUAAUCCAAUCUUCCAACUGGCAAGAUAUCUAUCAGUUGGCAGAUUGGAUUCAUUUUUGGAGGGAAUUAUGGACAUGAUCUUUGGUUUCCAAUUUGCACAAGGAUAGGAUAUGAAUUUGCAAUAGCUUAGAGCUUACAGAACAUGUCAUGAGUUAGUUUAGUUUAUUGAAACAUACCAAACAUGAAAAUAAAUGUAAAUAUUUCUACAAAAUAAACUAACUUCCAAAAAAAUCUCAACAUUUCUUGCAUUUAAAGAAUAGAAUGUAUGGUAGCUUAUGUUCGUUGUGUACUUUACAGCUGUACAACUGAUGUUAAACAUGGCUUCAUUAA